UUAACUUCUCCGGUUAAGACUUGAACGUUAGCUGUGACGCGGCGGGCGGUUGAACCCGCGUUCAGCCGGGUAGAGGUGACUUGGAACAGCGGAUGGCUGGACGGUUACCUCCCGCUCUUUGAACUCUUAUGGGAUUAAUAUGCAAGAAGACUCAAAAAUGUCCACACCGGAGCUGUUGUCGUACACCAGCUCCGAGUUAGUCGACUGUUGAGAGAGUUGUGUUCGUAUAGAAGGCAACAUGGCAAACGUUAAAGUUGCCGUUCGAGUCCGUCCUCUCAACGCAAGGGAGAGGGCGGAUGAAGGAAGGCUGGCGGUUCAGGUGGAGGACAAGCUUGUAAGGGUCAAAAAUAUAAAGCUGGAUGGACGUUGGGAUGGUGCUGUGGAUUCGAGGGAGAAGCUUCUGGAGUUUUGUUUCGACUACUGCUACUGGUCGGUGGACCCAGCAGAGCCUCACUAUGCCUCGCAGGAGGAGGUGUUCCAGGACCUGGGUGUGUCGGUGCUGUCCGGAGCCUCAGAGGGCUACAAUGUGUGCCUGUUUGCGUACGGACAAACGGGAUCUGGAAAGACGUACACCAUGAUGGGGACACCGGACUCCAUUGGCUUGACCCCUCGGAUCUGUCAGGGUCUCUUUAGGUCUGAAGACACUUUUCCUGAUGAGCAAAACUCGAGCAGAGUGGAGAUCAGCUUCCUGGAGAUCUACAAUGAGCGUGUGCGAGACCUGCUGAGAGGAGGAGAGCAGAAGAAGAGAGCCUCCCUGAGAGUUAGAGAACACCCUGAGAAAGGACCCUACGUACAAGACCUCUCCCAGCACGUGGUCUCCGACUGCAAGCAGGCCAUGGACCUUUUGGAGGAAGGCAUCGCCAACCGAAUCACCGCAGCGACUCACAACCACGAUGCCAGCAGCAGAUCCCACGCCAUCUUCACCAUCCAGUACACACAGGCAAUCCUAGAAAAUAACCUUCCUUCAGAAACUGUCAGCAAGAUUAACCUGGUGGACUUGGCUGGGAGUGAGCGAGCGGACCCCCACUACUGCAGGGAUAGACUGACAGAGGGCUCCAACAUCAACAAGUCGCUCGUCACUUUGGGCAUCGUCAUAUCUGCUCUUGCCCAGAACUCCCAGAUGUCCAGCAGCUGUCAGAGUAUCAACAGCAUGGCCUCUGAGGGGGAUGGCAGCACGGUGGGAAGCCACAGCAGCUCCCUGUCUGGAGGAGGAGGAGGAGGAGGAGGAGGAGGAGGAGGGAGGAGGCACUGCUUCAUCCCCUACAGAGACUCAGUCCUAACCUGGCUGCUGAAAGACAGCCUGGGCGGCAACUCUAAGACCAUCAUGAUCGCAACGGUCUCGCCCUCCGCUAACAGUUACAACGAGACCCUCAGCACCCUGCGCUACGCCGCCCAUGCCAAAAAUAUUGUCAACACGCCUCGGGUUAAUGAGGAUGCCAGUGUUCGGCUGAUCCGGGAACUGAGAGAGGAGAUUGACAGGCUGAAGAGCAUGCUGCUCAGCUUUGAAAUGCAGCGUAAUCUCAGCCCCUCCCUGAGCGAUGAGAGGGAUGGAAAUCUUUCUGACAUCGUGCUACAGAACGAACUAAAGGUGGAGCAGCUGACGAAGGACUGGUCGGAGAGCUGGAGAGACAAGAAGGAGCUGCUGGAGCAGUACAGUGUGGACAUCAACCGAGACCGGGCCGGAUUCCUCAUCAACUCCCUCCAGCCACACCUGGUCACGCUCGAUGGAGACGUUCUCAGCACCGGUGUCGUCUUCUAUCACCUCAGGGAAGGAGUUACCCACAUAGGACCUCAGGAACAGUUUGAAAAACCACAAAUAGUUCUGCGGGGCAGUGCCAGCUGUGAGAUUGAAAACCACGGAGGUGUGGUAACGCUGAGACCGCUGCCGGGCUGCGUCUGCCUGCUAAACGACCGAGAAGUCACCGAGCCCUGCAGACUGGCUCAAGGGACGGUGAUCACCUUGGGAGGAGUGCACAAGUUCCGCUUCAACCACCCAGCCGAGGCAGCUGUCCUCCGGGAACGCAGACGGGCCAGCGAUGGUGACAUGACCUGCACCUACAACCACAGUGUCGAAGAAGUGAAGCUCCAAGGCCAGCUGGGUGCCUGUCUCUCCCCCAGCGAGGAGCCCUCUGCGAGGCAGCGCAUGGAGGAGCAGCAGCGCUUCGUGGAGAGUUUGCGACAGGAGAUUCAGCCGGAACAAAGGAGGGCUGAGAGAGAGCUGGAGAGGGAGCAGGCCCACCUCCGACAGCAGCACCGUGAGAUCCAGCAGUGGAUUAUGCAGGAGAAACAUCGCCUAACCACCGCAGAGCUGAGAAUCACCCAAGAGUCUGGAGUUCAGACAGAUCUCAUCCUUUCAACCCUCCUGGAGCGAGAGGCAAGUCAUGCGUGUGAGGAUCCUGAAGGUGAGACAGUGGAUCAACCAUCCCAGGUGAUACGGGCCAGGAAGAAGGUGGUGCAGGAGGAGCUACUAAAGCAUCACGCCCUUUGCCGCUCCGAGAGCCGCAUCCGUCGGAAAAAGUUGCACUACCAGCUGGAGAGAAUCGCCCGCAAGCAGCAUCUGUUGGAAGCUAAGAGGGAAUUGCAGCGGCUGGAAAGGGCCCUGCCUCCGGGACCAGAGAGCCCAGAGUCUCCUGAUCUGGGCUCCCCCACAAAGCUCAGAGGAAGAUCAUUCGUUUCUCGUAGGCACUCAUUCUCGGUAGAUCUUCUGUCCCGGCUCUACCCACAGAACACCCCCAUCUUCAGACACUUCCUCAAGAGAAACGGAUCCACAGAACGGACGUCAAAUUCCUUCACAACCUCUGAUUCCAUUGGCAGCAGGAAGUGGGUUUCAGAUGAGUGUCUUCCUCGGGAAAGAGCACAGAGUUGUUCCGGUUCGCUCUUCUCAGGACAAAGUCAAGCCAGCCGGAGAAGAGUAAACUCCUCUGAAAACCUCAGACCAACUGCCAAAGAGGAGCCCCAAGCUCAGCCCUUCCGGGAACGACCAGAAAGAAAACCUCUGCUGCCGAACCGAGAACUGUCUUUUAAGAACCGAUCGGAUCAGAACUCAGGGGUUACUCUGAAGUCACCAGUUGGAACUACUUUGCAGCCAGUCUAUAAAGAGAAUAUACAAGGAGCCACAACUUGCAAAACUAGUUCUGAGAUUGUCCCUUGCAUGAAUGAGAUAAAUCAAGCCCAUGCAGGUAACAAUGAACUGGAAACCAUUAAGAAGACUUUCUCUUGUUCUGUUGGGCCCAGGUUGAAAACGGCUCUGUCCAAAGUGUUCAGGAAACCACCAUCAAGUGUGAAUGGAGGACGAAACCCCAAACCUCUGGGGAGGAUAGCAAGCAAAUGUCACUGGAGACAAAGAAGAGACUGGAGCCUUAAAGAUACCAAGAUGAGCCGAAGCAAAUGUGUUGUCAAAGCAGCGGUCUCAUGUGAGGAGCUUGACCAAAGGAGCGUGUUUGAGGACGUUAAACAGAAGCGCUGGCAUGGUACCGAGGCUCUGAUGAGCAAGACCAGCAGAUGGGUCGAGAGACAGCAGGGAUUGAUGGGAUGGGAGGAAGAGCAAGAGGACAGAGAUGAAGUAACAUCAGACGGUGAGAGCCUUCUCUCUCUCGACUCGCUGUCCUCUGCUUAUGUGACGGCCCUCGCAGAGCAGCUGAGGUGUGAGGAAGCAGCUCAGAGUGAAGCAGAGAGCGAAGACAGUCAGAUGUCUAACGAUUCCUUGGCUGUGGAGAGCAAUGGGAAUUACUCGGCAGUGGAGGAACUUAGCCAAACAGUGGCGCCAGCUUACUCAUUGGUGACAGAAUGCUCCCAUUCAUCCAUGCGGCACAAUAGAUCAGCAGAGGACAGUUUAGACUGGGACAGCAGUCGGAAACCUCAGGUAAUCCCAGCAGAGGCGUACUGGAGCCAGCAAGGUUCGCCAAAAUCGAGACACAGUGGUGCCACAAUGAAGCCUCCUUCCCACAAGUCAUUAGUAGCAGAUUCCAGAGGCAGCGACACUGUACACAAAUUGAUUGAGGACUUUGGGAACAUGCAGACCACUUCGACCGUAAGCCCACGCUCCCUGAGCAGCUGCAGUGUGCGGGAGCCAGACAACAUGCUGGCACUCACCGAUGCCUGGUCCUCCACUGACGCAGCAGACAGUCCCAGGAUUCACAGGGAUUCUCUGCCUUUCCAAAGAAAAAUAAUGUUGAGAGGUGUAGAGAGCAGCAGCAGUCCCAGUCCAAACAGUAUGAACCUCUCAGACUGUCAGAGUGGACCUGGCUCAACCUCCACCAGCACUGAGGGUGUAAAUGUAACUGUGCAGGAACACGGUUGUGACAUUUUAACGGGCACAUCAGAAACAUUCGAUUCUCAGAUUCUAACAACACCAGAGGAAGCCCUGAAGCAAGCAGGAUGUUGUGUGGAGCAAGCAGAAGAUACAGGGACCGCAGUUAUGGAUACUCCAGACUGCAGCAUCAAAAGUCCAGCACUCUUACUGACCGUAGAACCUCAAGCCGCUUGUGUGUCACCCACUGAGAUCCACUACACUAAACAACAAGCAUCACAACCAAAACUGCUUCAGGUGUUAACAGAUGUACCUGACAUGGUGACCGCUGACACUACAAUGUCCUCUGACACUGAAAUAUGGACGUCAGGUUAUCAAUCAGUAAUGCAUCUCUCUAACACUAGCCAAGGUCAAGUAUUAAAAAAGAUGUCUGACCCUGUAAGUGUCCUCCAAUCGUCCACUGAAGAUGAAGUACUAUGCAGUCUAGAUGCUGCAACGGAAAAGUUUACAAAUAUUAACCAAUGUGAGCUUGGGAACGCCGAACAUUUAUCUUCUACACGGGACAAAAUUUUGGAUGAGGCUGAGACCAAAGGAGCUCUGACUGAGCAGCACAUUGCACUACAGCAGGAGCUUGUUAAAUCAUCCUGUAAACAUUCCAGGAAGAGGAACAAAGACCAGCAGGAGGCUUUCGUGGGAAGCUUGAAAAUUCCAAAAAGGAGCAGCGGCAGUGAGUUGGUAACUUUCUGCUCCGCACCAGUUGACAAUCAGGAAGACAUUUGGCCCGAUGACAAUAAUAACAGCAGUGACUCAAACGGGGAGCAAUCAGCCGUGGAAGAUAACAGCUCCGGAUUUGAUUCUGUUUGUGUUGAUGGCAGCAUUAGACUAGACACAGUGGCUUCAGAGGCGUCGCCAGUUUCUGAUCCCACGAGAAGGAAACUUGGACAGAUCUUUGAGCACUCUGAAUGCGGUGACGAUGUUCCUCGGAGUGGAUCCUCUGCAGGAGAGAGGAAAGUAGCUGAAAAGGGAGAUGUAGCAAUAAAGGAAGUAGCUGCAGAAACAAAAGGGUGGGAAUCACAAUUUGAUAAACACAGAAAACAUGAAGAAAGUAGACAACACAUAUGCAAGUCAGAUGCUAUUUGUAGCGCCAUUGACCUGAGAAUCUCCGAAGUGGUCAAAGAGCACAUGAGACUGUCAUUGAUUGUCAGCGAAGAUGACAGGAAGAGCAGGAGUCAAAGCAUGUAUGUCUUGUCGUCUUCUGCGUGUCAUUUUGGCUGUAAGAGUGAUGAAAAUGAAUGGAAAGAAAAAGAGCGCAGAGAUAAAAUGAGUGAUCAGGUGAAAAAAGGAGCAAUCCUUGAAGGACACCUUGCACUUGAAAGGACGAAGACAACAGUGGACAACAGGGAACACCUGGCAUCAGAGCUGCCAGCUGAAUUAAGCACUAGCCAGGAGAGCAACAUGCUUAAAUCUACUGAAGUAACACAGAAGAUUGACCAUGUGCAUAGCUUCUCAGAUGUGACAUCAAACAAGCCAGUAAUCCAUCAUUGUGCUUUCCAAAUGUCCUCUGCCAAAAAUGACAACAUCCAAUCAAAUGUGACGCUGAGCAGCCAGAGAGAGUCUGAGCACUCCACUGGCAACCCCACUCUGCAACCGGUUAGCUUGUCCUCAAUUAGUGGCUCCUCCACUGAUUCUGAAGGAAACACUGUGGAGAAAGAUGCUUUGUGUCAAGAAAUCAAUGAUUCAGGUAAACAACAAGUAACAUCCCAUCUCAAUCCUGUCAUCAACAAUACAUGCUUGAAUGAAGUGGACACACAGAGCUCUGAACGUCACCUAAUUCCCCGGGAAACACCUUCCACCAUGGGUGACGCAAAAGAAACCUGUGGCUGUAGUCACGAAAAGGAUGUCUGUAUGGAAGCCACGUCAACACUUCAAUUCAAACCGCACGGACGUCACAGCAGCCAGAACACACCCGCUGAUGAGAGCGCCUCUACGAAAGGUUUCGCUGUUUCUCCUGGCCGGGAUGGAAACGGUGAAACGGACAACACAAGAGGAGGUAAACCUUGUGCCACAGCACAGGGUGAGUUCAGUUGUUCACAGACUCAUUCAAAUACCUUGACUCAGUCGUGUGUCAUCAAUAUUAAUGCCCACAACAAAUGCCAAUAUGUUUCAAAUUCAGUGUGCAAAUUUGUUACGGAUACUCAAGUUGACAGCCAAAAAGAUUGUAUUAUGAAAAAGGACAAAGACACUCCAAAGGUCUUCGCAGAGUCAAAACAUGAAGCAAGUAUUUCUGGUUCUAUGCAGCCGCAGUGCACAUUACAUCAGGGGAAUGCCGUCAAACAUACAGGUUGCUAUGUAUCUGUGAUGUCAAAAGAGGUUCAGCUUAACACACCUGCUGACGGACAGAACCGAUCUGCUCUUACGUCUAAAAAGGCCAAGUCAAAGAGGUUGAGAAAGACUAAGAUCCAGACUCAUCCCAUGUCUUCCACUGAGUCCUCUCAUAAGUCGUCGGAUGAGGAUGAGGAGGAGGACAAAACCACCAGAGUGCAUCACAGCCGGCUCUCGUCUAAAUGGGUAAAGCUUGGCGAACAAGAAGUCCGACAGGUUAGAAGUAAAGAUGCAGAUAUGUCUACGACAGUGUCAGUGAGCCGAUCUAAGAUGAAGUUUUGCUCUGCUGGAGCUCAGUGUAAAAGCGAAGUUAACGCCAGUAGAGAUUACACCCAAAAAAGACUCUCUUUACAAGUUGUGUCACAAAGGACAAAUGUAGAACUAGUCCUCCCUUAUGCAAAGAAAAGUGAAUCACAACAGGACUCCCCGAUGCAUUUUGCCUCCAGCGACAUCAACCCUUUCGUUCACCAGUGGCAGGACGAUGACUCAAACCACCACUGCUAUAAGAACCCUGCAUUCGGAAGUGCUGCUGACCUAUCCUGUAAAUCUCCACUUUUGAACAGCGCUGAGAAACGCAUAACGAGAUGCUGCAGUGUUGACAAUGGUUUGAACGGGCAGAACUCGCCUUUCUAUUCCCAUCUGAGCACUUACGCCACCAACAAGGGGCUCUCCAGCACGCUAAGCAGUAUGGAGGAUUAUAAGGAACAAGGGAGCAAAUCAUCUCCGCUCACGCCCUGUCAACAAGCAUCUGCUGGUAUUCACAGUCAUUUAGCAAAUCUGACAGUGACCGGCAGCUCUUCAAGUAACGAUGGGCACAACUCCAGUCAGAUGGAUGAAAUGAUGCUUGUGUACUCGCCUGAGCAAGAGUCCCAGGGAAGCAAAGUACCUGCCCAAAGGAGGAGGACAUGCGAGUAUGGCACUCAAACCGAGCAUGGCCUUCAGACGGUAGAUAUCGGCAACAGCAGUAGUGCUCCAAAGAGGAGAGAGCGGCACAAAAGGAGUAACACCGAUGUACCUGCAACACGGACAACCAAAGUGGGAAUAAAAGAAUCUCAAGCGUGGGCGAGUAUGGAAAGCAUGUCGGCUCACAUCUCAAAGCUGAUUGACAGCACCUCCGACCUGCUGGGAGACGUCCAGGGAAUGAGAACGGGCGAAGCCCUCAAGUCCAGUCCGAGGAGGAGUGUCAACAUGUCAAAUAUCAGCGUCUGUUACAGUGAGUCUAAUGACUGCACACAGAGAGAUUGCUCUACUCAAACCACCGUCGAUGUCGGGAUCCAGACGGAGAGGUCUUCAACACCAGCCGCGAAGGAAGUCGCUGCUCAUCAAACACCCAGCGAAAGGUCCAAAUCUCACGAGGUCAAUGUGAUUGUCAAAGUCAUCGGCUCUGAGGUCGUCGCUGGGUCCCAAGACAAGAAUGUGCACUGUGUGGUAAGGAGUACAGAUGAAAAGAUGCAGAGCAUGCCUGACCGGAGCUUUAACACCUCUGCUGCAGCACAAAGGCCCGCCUCUCAAUCGGAGAAUAAAACGCCUCCUUUGAAGACGGCGGGCGAAUGUCGAAGACGUGUAAGAUCUGCUUCUUCUAGAGGCUCAAAGCAAAGCACGCCCGAGGCACUGUGUCACAAAAGUGUUCCAAUAUCUGAAGUCUCCCGCAGGUCGUCGAAAAACAGCCAUGAAGAAAAUCACAGUCCCUCUUUAAAGAAUGACCCAACACUUUCUUUAAAGAAACACGCCACAUACACAGACCGUGCGUCAUCUCCCAUUCGUACUGUCAGAACAAGUUUAUGUAUGAAGCUGAGAGGGGACCAAUCAACACUAAAUAAACACCUUAACUCUGAGAAAGACAACCUGACUGUGUCGUCUAGCAAACAAUCCGCUUGCACAACUGUUUCAGAGGAGGAGCAGAUGCCUAGACACAGUUCUGACGUUUCCUCUUGUGCAUCAGAAUCUGUAUCCCUUGAGAAGGUGAGUGAAAUGAGUUGCUCAAGCCCUAAAGGCUCUAUAAGCGUCAGUGCAUCACUGGAUAGAAAUACAGACACUGACAGGAGAAAUGUUAUCGACUCCAAAUGGCAGAGUUCCUCUCAGCAGUGGAGGACUUCUACUUCAACAAAUGGUUUAACGUUGCAGAACCACAUCUCUCCCAUAUUAAGACCAGCUGCUGUGCACAAACGGCAGGCUAAAGCUACACUAACCUACUCGAGACCUGCAGUAGAUGCUGUCGAUUUUUGCGUUGAUUCAUACAAUCCGUCCCCGGUCAGCAACAGGAAUGUUCAACUCCAAGAGGACGACACGGUGUCCCUGGCGCCCAGCGAGUGCAACACCGAUGUCCUCGUGAACAUGGAACCCGUCACCAGCGCGUCCCCGUCUCAACGCCACCAAAUAGCCCCAGAGGACCUGCCCAUGCACAACAAGUUCACCAACUGGUCGGGCAUCAACCUUCAGCAGUCCAAACACUCCAACAAGCCGGGCACAUUUCCUGCCAAAGACGACGGCGGAAGCAGAAGCCGCGCCGAGUGGGGCGAGAUGGACUCCAGCGUGGAGUCCACGGCGCAGAGCGACAGAAGGGCCAGAGAGAUAGAGAGGCUGCGACGGGAGAGAGAGCAGGUGAUGGCAACGGUCAGCCUCAACAUGAACCCGACAAAUCUGACUGUGGAGCUGACGGAGGCCAAGCUACACUACGGCCUCGGAGAGACGGAUACCCUGUUAAAGAUGCUGUCCCCGAGGACCGGAGACGAGCUGGAGCCACCGACCUCUGUGUCCACAAAACAGCAGCUGUAUGAUAGACACCGCAGGAGUAUUGAGGGUUUGAGGCAGGAGAGGGAGGAACGUCUCCAGACUUACCGGAGAGCUCGGAGUCUGAGUCCCAGCCAACAUCCUCGCUCAUCUCCACAAGAGGCUGUUUCCUCCUCCAAGGUGUCUGCUGCCAUGCCCAGUCGGCGUAAAGAGUACCAACAACAGCUCCGCCAAGAGGUGAUAGAUAGCACCAGAAUACCAGACCCCCCACGAGGAGAGGGCCACUGUCCGUCUGACAUCGAGCAGCUGUUGCGCGACUACGGCCGAGCCCGAGAGGAGGCCCGGACAGAGAUUGCAAAGGCACGAGAGCGACUGCGAGAAAGGACAGAGCAGGAGAAAAAGAGGCUUCAGCAGCAGGCCCUGUCUCAGGAAGUCACGGAUGACCUGAGACAUCGGACAAGAAUCAGUAACAGCACCUUAUGCACAGGAUCCAGCCUGAGUCUGUCCUCUGGACCAACAUCGGGGUACAACAGCGGAAACACGCUACAGCACGGCAACAGACCACUUCUGACUGCACAGAUCCCAGGGUUCCAGGAGGACGGGCUGAAGCUCAGGACACGUCCUCCUAUAUGUCGUCCUCAAAGUGUGAAGUCACAGAGAGCCUGGCUGUCUGCCCAUGGUGAGGACUGGACUGUGGUUCAUAAAACAAUCUUCAAAAAUGUCCGCCUUGAGCCUUCUGUCGCCAUGUUUGAGCCACUGAUGACUUCAUCUCCAUCAACUAGUGCACGUCAACGCACCGCCUCCUUUGGCUCCUCCUCUUCCAUAUCCACAACCUAUCAGGACAUCACAUCUGGUCUCCUUGGUCGAGCUCUGGCUGAGGUGCGACUGGCUUCCUCUGGGGAUUUGAGCAACCUGCUCAUGAGCAAGGCCACAGCAGGCUGGAGGUACCAGGGAGAGGAACAAGGUGUCCAGGUUUACUACAAGCCCUCCUCCAGCCCGUCUGUCCAUGGUUUUCUUGGAGCUGUGGAGCUGGACAGACCUCUGGACAGUCUGUGGACCACAAUCUGCCAGCUGUCCAAGACUCACACGUAUAAUCAGUCAGUCCGUUCUGUCUGGACACGACCACUAGAUGACAGCACUCAGCUGGUUUAUGUCCUAACAGAUCCGUCCACCUGCCACCUCAGCCAGCCGCGGGACUUCUGCUGCAUCAGCACCGAGUCCAAACAGGGUGGCUUGUGCGUGCUGGCAAUGCAGUCUGUGUUCGAGGAGGCUCUGCCUCGUCCCAGUGUGGAUGCCGUCCGGGGGGAGAUGAUGCCCAGUUGCUGGAUCCUGCAGCCAAUUAGACGUAGCGGACAGGAAGCUACCAGGGUCGUCUACCUGUUACAGGUGGACUUAGGAACGCCGUCCUUCCCUCAGCGGCUGUUGAACACUGUUGCCAGAAGACAUGCAGCGGUCAUCGCUGAUCUUGACGUUUUCCUCGCCAGAUCCACAGGACUCACGACGACGCAUUAGCAGUGAGCACUUAGACUGAACUGUCUCCAGCACGGAGUUAGUCUGUCUUUUGAAUUUGCACCUGAAAUUCAUUUACUUGACUUUUUUUUUUAUUCCAAGAGCACUGUUAUAUUGUUUCCCAGUCACAAAGUUGAAGCAGCUUUUUUUUAUAUAUAUAUAAAAAGGUAUUUUUUGAUAACAUAUUGAGACUGUAUUUUUAUAUUUGCGAUGUACAUGAAUGCAUUCAACAGUAACAAUCCUACUGUACCAAAGAUGAGUUAGAAGUCCAAGGGAAUGACUUUCCACGACACCUUUAGUGGACUGCGUUUAGCUUUAGACCGCUUAAUAAUUAAUUAUCCAAGGCUACAAAGCUACCUCACCUAAUCGCUUCAUCAAUGUGACGAAAUAGGUUUAAAAUACACUGAGUAUCUGCCAUUUAAGUCCCUUAAUGCCUGUUAGCCGUAUAGUCUCUAUUGAUUUCUACUGUAUUGUAAAGUGAACAAACAAAUAUGUCAAAGUCAACCAGGUCAACGUCACAGCUAGAAAACGUUUUUAUAUCAAAUUUAAAGAGUCGAUCAACAGAUAAUCGGAAGGUUACAUAAAACAUUGACAACAUGAACUUCAAAGGUAAAUAUAUGUAAGGGACUGUAUGAAUACUUUUGGGUGUUGUACUUUUUUUGGUCCUGAAUUUUUAUUUCAGCCUCUCUUUGCGAUGUAUAUCUUAGUUACAUCAAUUGUUACAAAUUAAACCCAAACCCUUUACAAACAGGGAGGUGGUGUUGAGAACCUUUUGGGAUGUAAAAAGUCAAAGUAGCCAGAUCGUCUGGCUUGCGGAAGUGUCCUUGAGCAAGAUACUGAAGAUCCAGAGAUGAUGCUCUGUAGCAGACCCCCAACCUCCCUUUUAUGCAUUAUUAAAUCUGCACUAAGACACAGACACAAUAUGGUACCCCAAAUCUGCAUAAGCUCAGUUUUAAAGCCUUUUGUUCUCACCUGUUUUUGAAGUAUGUGCUAUUUAUUUUGUCCCUCUUGCCUUCUGUUUGAAAUGCUGUUGAAUGUGUGUUGUAGUUGUGAUGGGGUUCAUUAUAUUUUAUGAGCAGAGCACGGUGCUGCAUUUACGGCCGCUUGCACAAAACUGUUAAUGCCUUUUUAUUAAUGUUGCAUAUUAAAAAGUGAUUUUGUUUUUGUUUGUACAGUGUUGAAGCUAUGCAGACGCUGAUCAAAGGCAGGCCUGUGCUCAGUCAGCCGUCGAUAUGAAGCCAUAAUUAUUUACAGUAGUUGAAGGUUCACGACUGUUUUGGCAGCGAUCAGAUUGUGACUAAAGAUGUUCCCGGGGGAACCAAAGAGAAAGAAACACAAAUACUGAAGACACGGAGUGAAGGAACAUACCCAGCUUUUGUACUGAUCUAUUUGUUUUGAUGUGUUUCUAUAUAUUUGUGUGUGUUCAUUUUGUAAAAAGCAUUGUUAUUUAUGUUUUUGACGAUGUGUUGUAAGUGUAUUUUUUUAUUAUAAACAUCCUGCUUCCUGAUGCUAAUAAGAUGUUAUGUGGCCCGUGAGUUUGGCUGUUUUAUAUGAAUACAAUACAUAUUUAAAGUGAA